CUGGCUGCGAUCGGGUGUCCACGGACCAAACCUGAAUGCAUUUGCUGAUCUAUCAGCCGGGAUCUGGUUUGCUCUGUAAGAGACCCUGAAAAGGACUAGAAAGAGUGGCAAGCAGCCCGGCAAGCUGCCAGCAUGCUAUGAAAUCGUGAGUUUCUCCUUGAAGAAGAAGAUGGCUGCAGAGCUCUAUCCUGCCAGCAUCAACACCAACCUUUCGAACAGUAACAGCACGGCAGUGACCACUGCCAACAAGAAGACCAUCGUCCAAGUGACCCAAACUGCGACCACCCCGACCUCUAACGCUGCUCAGCAGAACAUCAACAAUAACAACGUCGAGACUGCCACCUGGCAAUCCACUCAUCCCACACUCCGAGAGAGGAACGCUCUGAUGUUUAAUAACGAACUGAUGGCAGAUGUUCAUUUCAUCGUGGGUCGCCCCGGCGAGUCUCAAAAAGUUCCAGCGCACAAGUAUGUGCUGGCGGUCGGGAGUUCGGUGUUUGGUGCCAUGUUUUAUGGAGAUCUCGCUGAGGGAAAAUCUGAGAUUCAUAUUCCUGAUGUGGAACCUGCUGCUUUCUUAAUCUUGUUGAAAUACAUGUACAGCGAUGAGAUAGAACUGGAAGCGGACACAGUGCUGGCCACUCUGUACGCUGCCAAGAAGUAUAUUGUGCCUGCCUUGGCAAAGGCUUGCGUCACCUUCUUGGAGACCAGCCUGGAGGCCAAGAAUGCCUGUGUGCUGCUGUCCCAGAGCCGGCUUUUUGAAGAGCCUGAGCUCACACAGCGCUGUUGGGAAGUUAUUGAUGCCCAAGCUGAGCUGGCUCUCCGCUCUGAAGGCUUCUGUGAAAUUGACUUGCAGACUCUGGAGAUCAUCCUAAAGCGGGAGACUCUCAACACCAGGGAGGCUGUGGUCUUUCAGGCUGUCCUGGACUGGGCUGUAGCCGAAUGCAAAAGGCAAGGACUUGGGCCAACAGCUCGCAACAAGAGGACCGUGCUGGGCAAGGUCCUUUAUUUCGUGCGCAUCCCUACUAUGACUCUGCAGGAGUUUGCAGAUGGAGCUGCACAGUCAGACGUGCUGACUUUGGAAGAGACUCAUGACAUAUUUCUGUGGUACACGGCAGCCAACAAGCCUAAGCUGGACUUCCCGUUGACGCAGAGGAAGGGAUUGACGCCACAACGAUGCCAUCGCUUCCAGUCCUCGGCAUAUCGCAGCAACCAGUGGCGCUACCGUGGACGCUGUGACAGCAUCCAGUUUGCCGUGGACAAACGAAUUUUCAUUGCUGGACUUGGCCUGUACGGUUCCAGUGGUGGAAAGGCAGAAUACAGUGUUAAGAUCGAACUCAAGCGCCAAGGAGUCACCCUGGCCCAGAAUAUAAUGAAAUUCCUUUCCGAUGGUUCCAGCAACACCUUCUCGGUGUGGUUUGAGCAUCCAGUUCAGGUGGAGCAGGACGCUUUUUACACAGUCAGUGCUGUGCUGGAUGGAAAUGAGCUCAGUUACUUUGGACAAGAGGGGAUGACAGAAGUGCAAUGUGGAAAAGUGACCUUUCAGUUCCAGUGCUCUUCAGACAGUACGAAUGGCACUGGUGUGCAGGGGGGUCAGAUUCCAGAGUUGGUCUUCUACGCGUGAAAGGUGUGAGGAUGGCCAUACUCGAGUGCAUUCCGCCCACUGGAUUUAGAUGCAAUGAACAUAUGGGGAAGUACAGGGUUCUAAGACACUCUUGCCUUCUUUUUGAUGUAGCAGUGGAGGACAGUUGAAUGACAAAGCCUGUUUAAGAAACAGACUAUUCUUCUACAAAGCUCGAGUGACGAAAUGUUCCUCUGCUUUAUUUAUUGAGAAAAGUAUAUUUGAAUAUUAAUUAUUAAUGCUGCAGCAUGCAGACGUAUAUAAACAAGGAAAUAGAUGUAUUGCACUUCUAGUGGUUACCACUAGCGGGAAGGGUUUUUUUGUACAUAACCUGAGGCUAAUUUGUUCACAGCUUGAAGCUGACUGACAAAUGAAAUGUCUUGUAUUAGUGUGCAGCUUACUAAACUGCAGACCAUAAAAGUUUUGU